CUGGGAUUUACUCGCUGUCAAGCUCUAGCCAGUCACGGUUUCCCACACGAUGCUCUCGUAUGGGCUCGCUAUCUAGCUCAUCGUUUGCUUUGCCUUAGUCCAGCAAUUGAAAAUGCCGCUAAGGACGCAGCUCGUGAGGCCUACAUGCAAGCUGCGGGCAGCCAAGUUGGCCAUGAUUCUUUGCUUUCUGCUCAAUCGGAUUCCGUCCAAACUGCUGCUGCUGGCAAUAUCCUUCGUCUUGUCUCUUCUGCUGCCGUCUCCAAUCAUGCCUCAGUAGCUACCACUAACCAAAACAACACCGGAUUGGGGUUUGUUGGCGGCAGUGGUACCGGGUUCGGAUUCGGAAGUGGACGACGUCAUCGACAACGAACAUUGAUUAACAACUCUUCUCCAGGUCAUGGAGCCUCGGUUCCAGGCUCCGGAGCGACUUGUGCUACAUUUGGGCCUAAUAACUCUUUGCGUCGACAGCCAGCUGGUGGAAGCAGUGGGUCCUCUUCUGCUAAUUUAUCGGCAUCGAGGCGAAUGGCAACUGCUCCAGGUCAAGUUGGCUCUUUAGGUAAAGAUUGUUUAGUGAAGAUAAAUGCUGCUCGGGAUUAUGCAGAAAAGGUGAUUAUUGUUAUUUAUAUGUGCUGA